CCCACACCACAACUAACUCGACACCAGCCACCGGAAACACAUACGACAUCCUGUCCUAAACAAGAAUUUCCGAUCAUGGCACCCAAAAACGCAUCACUUGCAGGCCUCCCGGAUGAGCUUCUCUUGGGGAUUCUGCUCCACUUCAGCACCAUUCGCUCCUUUGAAACGUAUUCGACAACUUUUGACGAGAGAGAGAAGGAGAUCGCACGCCAACGGGAAAAUCGCCUACGUCAGAUAUCACUGUCCAACCUUUGCCUCACCUCUCGCCAUCUAAAUCGCCUUGCUAUUCCUGCUCUCUAUGCCGCAUUUACGGGAUCCUCGACAUGGUUCGGCAUCGGGUCUCUUAGACGCUUCCACCAUGAAAUAACAGCACCAAGGAAAGAUUCCACAUACGCUAGUCAUCUCCAGUAUGUAGAAAACCGAAAUACGGACAGAGAAGGCAGGAAUAUUUUUGCAAACCUGGACGAUCCUAGCGACUUAUACAUGAUAAAGGAAUACUUUUCUUUACUAGCUGGCGUCAUCAAUUCUGCCCCGAACUUGCAGCACAUCAAUGUGACCAGCACGGAGACUAGCAAAGUCUCCUUUUGGAAACAUGUCAUAAAUGAGAAGUACACAGUGACCUCUCGCUUCACAUUACUUGCCGGCCACGGUCUUGGUCGGCUAAAGACCUUAUGUAUCCAGACUGAUUUCGAAGAAGAAGAAGAAGAUCAGGAAGUCAGAGAAUCGUUUUUUGACAGUAUUUGUUCCGCAAUGGCAUCGGUGCCGUCGCUUUCUGAUAUUCGAGCUACCGGGGCUAUGGUGAAAGCAUCCAUUAGGCCAAAAGUCAAUUUUGGCCAGUUCAGAAACCUGCAACGCCUCGAAAUGACCGAAUGCCUUAUAGACUUUCGAUCAAUGGGAAUGAUUUUAUCAGCGUGCGAAGGGCUCCGACACAUCGUUUGCUCAUGGAACUACCUCGACUGCCUUGAACAAACAAUAGCUGACUUCAGGCCGGGUUUACUGAAGCAUUCCCACACAUUAGAAACACUUUUCUUAGAUUUUCGUAAAGUCCGACAUGAUACUGGGGUUAGCAUAGAAGAUCCUGGGCGCAUUGCGUCGCUGGGGCAGUUCGAGAAUUUGCAUACACUGACAAUAUCUCGAAUGCACUUUUUGGUUGGACUUGAGAAUAGCCCCAGCGAACAUUGGCCAAUGACUCCAUCCAAAGUUGCUGAAAUGUUGCCAUUGAGUCUCAAGCGGUUGAACUUGUUCGUCGAACUUAUCGAUGGGGAGGAUGGAUUUCCGGAGAUGUUAGGUGAUCAGAAAGAUCUAUGGGAUUUACUUGAGGCCUGCAAGGCGUCCUUACCAAACUUGUCGGAAAUCACUGUUGUAGGAAGCAGCGAAAUCUAUGGACAAGGACAGCUUAUGUAUGCUUUUGAGCAAGCUGGAGUGUGUUUUGAAGUCAUCACUGAGCACUGAGUUUUGAUGAUUGGCAAUAAGACGCGAUUCGCAUUACAUGUGGAUGGCAUGCUGCAUGCAAAACUAUGUAGCGGUCGGCCUGGCUUUACAUUAUAUAAUUGCUAGGUGGCGGCAUGCUUAACAGAUAGCAAUUACACCUACCAUAAAAUGCUGUCUUCCUGCCG